CCGCAGCUAUACUUCGAUUCUUCUGAUUCGACCACUGUCCACUCUGCUGGCGAUAUACCUCGAAUAUGUGGUCAUGCCGGACAGGGUGGCAUUUGAGUGGAGAUAGGUUUGCAGAAGUUCUUCUGCUAAUUUACUUACAGCAUGUCGGAUGAAUCUGACCGCAGUACUUGGCACCCAUGGGUACGCUUUUUUCCUUUAAACACCACGUUCGGUGCUCCCCGCCUUUUGCACCUGGCAAAGUAUCCCAGAAAAUCAGGUCGUAAGAAUGUCCCACUCACUUCCGGCUGUGGCCUUUGUUCUCGCUUCGCAGUCCCUCGUGGUUGCAGCCAACAAUGUGUACCUGCGGGAAUCAGUAUUUAUCCUCGCCCGCGAUGACGGGAAUGGCGGUAGUUCAUCUAGCACCACCUCUAGCACCACCACCUCCAGCACCACCAGCACCACCUCCACCACCUCCAGCUCCAGCUCCAGUUCUAGCUCCACCACAUCCAGCUCCAGCUCUUCCACAUCCAGCUCCAGCUCUACAACAUCUAGCUCCAGCUCUACAACAACUACCAGCUCUAGCUCUACAAGUACGACUCAGUCCAGCUCCAGCUCUACAACUACCACUACAGGCACGCUCACUAGCUUUGACUCAAGUUAUACAAGCAGCACGAGCUUCAGUUCCUCACGUUCAGCCCAGAACAACGAUGGCUCGACUUCAACUGCCAGUCAAGGACUUAGCACUGCAGCGCGCACCGGUCUAGCAUUUGGAAUAAUGUUUUCCUUAAUAUUUUGUGCGAUGCUGGUUUGUUACUUGAGGAGACGAUCUCGUAGGGCUCGGGAGAACGUCAAUCACGGACCUGCCGUUCUGUCGUCAGAAGUCAGUCAAUACCGUCCCCCUGAUUCCGUUACAUCUCGAGAAAGAGAACUUCCUCCACCACCUCGGCCGGAUACUGCGUAUCCGAAUUCACCUGACGCCUCGCACUCUCCGCCCCUUUCGGCCGUCUCAAGCGCCUUUCCCUUGUUGAGCGACGAUCCGCGUCUCGAUUCACGCCCUGUAUCUGCUUGGAACCGCUACAGCGCAUUGUCACAGGCAACAUAUACUCAGCCAAUGACUACGCAAGAUGCGCCUACUCUCCCAAAUCCCUACGAUCCAUUCUCAGCAUCCACCCGCUCUGCGUCCUAUAUAUCCACGGCCUCUUCCCCAACACAUACAAUGCUCUAUGGCGCUACUCUCACGAGUCCGUAUGAGGCAUUCUCAGCACCCACCCGCUCUGCGUCGCAUGCAUCCACAGUCUCUUCUCCAACACAAUCGAUACCCUACGGUGCUUCGGUUCCCGCGAGUGCUGCAACGAGCACUUCCGCUGCCCCGGAUUUGACUCUGCACCAGAAGCAACUCGAACUUGACCACGAGAAGCGGAGUCUUGAUGUUCAAGAACCGCAGGACCCUCCACCACAAUAUUCUUCUUGAGUGUACAUCACGGACUAUAUUGUAUUCCAGCUCUUCCGUAUUUUGGACUAUUUCUUCAAAUGCUCUGAUAAAUACUCGAUCGAGGCCUCAACCUCGUUCCUAGGUACUCGUUGUUACUUAAGGCACAUUCUCCUGUUGUUUUACCUUGCUGAUCUGUCGUAUUCUGUUUAAGCUUGGUAUCCCUUGGUCUAUCCUUCUUUUCCCAAGCAAUCGCAAUCUUACUUGGGCGAGUUCUCUCAGCUCAAAAUCGAAUCCCCACAUAGUCGA